CGUCCGAUGGCCGUGGACCUGCGGGCCUGGCUGCACGACGAGCUUUCCGUCCAGCUCGCACUCGGCCACCGCUGGCUCGCUGACAAGACGCACGCAAAGCACCGACUUCUCUACAGCCAGCGCGACUUCCCCGCGGACAAGUGGCUCGGGCUCUACCACGACAACGGCUCCAGCAUCGCCAUCGCAGGCCCCGGCCGUUGGAGCGCAGAGCAGCCGCACGUCGUGCUGGUGCUCCAGACGGAUCCGCUGACCGUCACUGACGGCCGCCAUCACACCGAGACGGCGCUGACGAGCGCCUGUCGUGCCGCCCUGCGCGCGCAGCACCCGACCCGCGCCCUCGAAGCUGGCACUGUGUGGGCUGUCGACUGCUACACCAUAUACUGCACCUCGUACGGGCCGCCGCGCCGCCAUCUGCGCCUGCUCCUCGACGCGCUCACCUGGGCCGGUCGUCUACCCGCCGGCACCGCCCGCGCCGACACUACAUCCGCGCUGCUCCGCGACGACGACGAUAUCGCCGCCGCCCUGCAGCAGCUCCGCGCCACGCGCCUGGCCGACGACGAUCGAUGCUUGCGCGCGCACCACACCAUGGCCGGCCCCGAGCAGUCGCCCGACCGCGACCCGUCCAUGCACACCCAGCUGCCCUUCAGCACGCAGGUGCACCACCCAAUCCGGUCGCGUCCCCAUGACGGCCCCGCCUUUGUCGGCAGCAACAGCAUGGAGCCCGUGCUGGCGGGCAACACACAGCGCGCCGAGCUGAAGCCUCGCUCGGCCAGCUCGGCAGCAGAGCGCCAGCGCACGGCACAGCUGCUCAGCCUCCUGCGACCAGCCCACCAGCCGGUGCCUCCACAGCCUGCAGAUCGUGUCCACACGAGCCCUGCAGAGCCUAGGACCCUCCCAGAACAUCCCGCAACCACCCCCCGAAAACCUGCACCCGAACAAGCACGUCAAGCGAGCGUAUCCGCGGUGGCUGCAGAGCCAAGUCAAAGUGUGUCAGACAAUCGCAAGAAGCGGAAGCGCGAGUCCGAGCACGCCUCACCGUCGACUAAUCCACCUGCAAAGAAGACGUCGUUUUCCGAGGAUGAGCCCGAGCCCAAGCAAAGCCGAGCCAGCGCCAUGGACAGGUUUGCCGCUGAAUGCUCGUGGAUGAAAGGGCUCGCGCUCAACCGCGCCUCUUCGACCGUCCCUGACGACCAGGCUCUCAUCCUGCGGAAACCUGAAAGCUGGUACAAACCGGAGCCUGGCCAGCGCUCCGUCAACGAGAUACCUGUCCAAAUACUCACGCUCCUCAGCAGAAUGACUGACGAAGCCGCCGCCCUAGAAGGCGCAACGAGUUCCGGCUCGUACCACGACAUGGAUCCGUCAUCUGGCUCGUAUCCUUCCAACUCCGCUCUUCAGCCCAUGGAGGAGCAAAGCAGCGAGCCAGAGCAGGAGGCUCCAACUAGUCCAGUCUCCUGGGACAUGUCGCCCUCUCCUAAACCUCCACAACCCCCGAUGUCUUCUCGCCAAGGUCUCCCGCCCGACUCGAGCACUGAGAUGCCAGAGCAUGUUGCAGAGCCUGUCGUGUCGCAGUCGGCCGGGAGACGCACCCAAUCCCCGCAUCCCAUCUUUCCUGCUUCGUCUCACGAGGACCUUGUGGACCUUCCACCAUCGUCGCCUCCCACCCAUCACGCAGCUGCUGACAGUGAUGACGAUAUGGAACUGGAGACUUUCGUUCCUCAAGCCCUGGGAGACGACUCACAGGCACCAUGCUCGCCACCUCCUCGUCCAAAUCAAUUCCCUCGCCCCGGGCUACAGUCAAGCUCCGUCGUACAGGUAAAAGAGACACCUGACUUAAAAGGCAAAAUCCGUCAACAACCUGUCGUCACCAUAUCACCGCCAACCCAACGAUCGAACGGGGAUUCACAUUCGUCAUCUGCUUCUAUGAUACGAGGUACCUACCAAGAUCAUAGUUCCUCCGUAGUCGAAGAGACCAGACUAGAUGCGCUUCAAAAUCGCAACGGCGAAAACGAACAGCGUCCAACGAGCACCAUAUUCCAGGCCUUGCAGGAGCGCAACGUCCAGGAUACGGCUGUGUUUGACAUUUUUGGGAGCGACGACCCUGUGUCACACCAAACCCAGCAGGUCGGCGAAAGGCAAACAAACUACUUGGAAGCACAAGCAAUCGGGUCAGUACACCCAGAACCAACACCAAUGUCGGCGCAGCUUUCACCCAAAGACUCAAGCUCCGGUGUACCUGAUAAGAGCACCCUCACAAUGCCUCUACCAGUAAUGGAUCCGACAAGACAACUGUCCGCUACACCAACUCUCGCUAAGCGUAAGCUUGAGACAUCUCCCCCUCCAGAGCGCAGGCGUUCAAAACACAGGAGCUUGAGGCGUGUGAAGUUCGGCAGUGGUAGACUUGGAAAGUCCGAGGGUGAGAGACGGAACUCUACUACCAGCGCCGAAAGCAGGCAGGGCUCGGUCAGCAGUCUAUCGGUACAGCAGGCUGCGGAUACGAAGGUUACAGAUGUGAAGGUGGCAGGCACCAAGGUGGAAGACUCGGAUGUUCAUGAAUCGAGCAAACCUGCGGAAGCAAGUGCAACCUUAGAGCCUGAAAUGUCUCCUCGUCACCAGAGUCUGUACGCUCCACCAAGCCCGGUGCUGUGCCCAGCAGCGGCACCUCCUGCUACGUCAAUGCCUGAAAGCGUCGGCAAUGCUGAGGCCGCAAAGGGAACAUCUGAGAAGACUGUUGAGAAUCACAUUGUCGUUGAGAACAUGGUCAAGAUGCAACAGCAGCCCUUGGCGGAAAGCCCUCCAGAACAUCCGUCUACACCUGCGCCAGUACCAGUACGGGCGCCUGUAUCUGCCUCCCAGCCUGCCUCCGUAGCCCGGCCCAGUGUAUUGGCCCCACUUCGUACAGAGCAAGCAUCGCCAGUUACAACGAUUGCUAGUCCGGCCCCAGCGACAGUCUUCGAGAAAUUCAAGGCGGCGUAUCCCGAGUAUAAGGGUACCGUCAAGCACUUCACGAGUCAGUGUAUAUGCAUAGAAGAGCUGGAUCAGCAGGACAAGAUGGUGCCUAAGUGGAUGUGGGAUGACUUCAUCAUCCGGAACCAGACCGACUUUAAAGCCUACGUGAGCGACUGCAUCGACGCAGGAGAAGAGUCAAUGCCGUACAUUCGCUUCUACAAGGACAACAUUCGCGAUGCAGUCUACAAAAAAGGUGUUGUCGGGACAAGAGCUACACUGAUGGAUGCACUACAGCAGCUCAACGUCCAGCCUCGGGCAAAGGAAAUUCCGCCGGUCCAGCUGCCCGUGAAGCAAGAAGUUGAUCAACAGGAUCACGAGGCCCCUCGAUCCCUGGAGCGACACCUCGAACGUGCUCGCCAGUCACGUCGCCCAUCCGCGCAGCUACAUUCUCGGCAUCCCAUUCAGCCAUCACCUCGACAAUCUGGAUCCCCAAUGCCGCCACCUGCUCAGUCAACUAUCACACCAGCAAAGAACAAGUCAUCGCGGAAAUCUCUCCCUUUCCCAGUCCCUAUUAAUGCGACUUCCAGCGCCAGCAAUCCAUCACACAUCCGCCACUCACUUCCCGCAACUUCGUCCCGCUCUACCCUCACAGCCUCCGCCCGGCCCGCAUCUGCGCGCCCCAAAGCCCCAUCUGACUUUGGCGAUAAGCUACGAGCCUACGUCGCUGACAUCCCUCUGUCCUCCACAGAGAGUAGUACCGGUAACCAGAUUCGCGACUAUCUGCGCGCAAGCAAGAAAUUGACGAGCGUCACGGGCAGCAGACAAGUCGACCCGAGCAAGCCGUGGCCUGAGAACUUGGACGACAGACCCGAUGUGCGAGAUCUGCCGCGAAGGAAGGUUGAUGUCUUGACGUGGUCUGACGAGCUGUAGUUGGUCUGAAGUCAGGCACAGACUGUCUUGUGGUCAAGGAGGGACCAGAUUUGAGGUUUAUAGUUUAGGGUGAAGAGUAUUUGGUGCCGAGGCGACGAUAUACCCAUUUAGCAUCAGAGCAUUGGAGAGAAUAGGAUAGGUGGUAUUGAUAGCCCGAAUAAUGUGUGUUCCAAUC